GGGGGAGAGGAGCCGGGAGGAGAGGGGAGGAGAGCCCGCCCCGCACCGUGAUGUGGCCACAGGAGGGGCUUGCUGGGCUCCAGCUCCUGUCUCUCCCCGGAGGGCUUUAGGACGGCCACUCUUACACUUGUCAUGGAAUUAAAGAAAACUACCUCCAGGUCGUACAAUGCUGCUCUCCUGCUGCCACUUUUCCUCUUGUUUUGGGGAACUUCAUACUCUGAAAAUCACAGUGGCUGUUCCUCGUCCCCAUGUGAGAAUGGGGGGAGCUGUGAGGAUUUGGAAGUGGGUUACCAGUGCAUCUGCCCUGUGGAGCCUGUAGCCUACAUGGGCAAAAAUUGUGAACUCCUCUAUGAUGCUUGCAGUGAACAUGACUGUCCUGCCCACAUGAGCUGCACCCCGAGCCCAGGACUCCUGCAAUAUGAAUGUGUGUGCACAGCUGGCCCUGCAGGCGCCGCCUGUGCCGCUGUGGAUGAGUGUGAGAGCAGCCCUUGCCCAGCCCGGUUUGAAUGUGUGGACACAGCAGCUGGAUACAGCUGCAGGUGCCAGCAGGGCCCUGGGGGAGGAGGCUGCCGGGCAGAGAGCUCCUCGUGCUCCAGCCAGCCCUGCCUGAACAACGGCACGUGCCUGGAGGCUGCGGGCGGCUUCCGCUGCCUCUGCCCGCCCGGCUUCGGCGGGGCCACGUGCGGGGACGACGUCGACGAGUGCGCGUCGGGGCCGUGCCGGAACGGGGCCAUCUGCAGGGACAGCGCGGGCCAGUACAGCUGCUUCUGUGUGCCCGGCUUCCAGGGCUCCCACUGCGAGAUCGACAUCGACGAGUGCGCGUCCCGGCCCUGCCGCAACCACGGCACCUGCCUCAACCACAUGGACCACUACGAGUGCCGCUGUGUGCCCGGCUACACAGGUGUGAACUGUGAUACUGAGAUAGAUGAAUGUGCUUCAGACCCUUGCCAGAAUGGGGCCCUGUGCAGUGAUGAUGUUGGGUUCUACACCUGCACCUGUGCACCAGGGUAUGAAGGAACCCAGUGCGAGGUGGACAUCAAUGAAUGUGAGAGCCAGCCAUGCCAGAACAAUGGGACAUGUCAUGACCUCAUUAACAGCUACCGUUGUGACUGCAGUGACACCGGCUUCGAGGGGACCCACUGCGAGCUGGACAUCCUGGAGUGCGCCUCGGACCCCUGCCACAACAGUGCCACGUGCCUGGAGGGAGUCAAGGGCUACAGCUGUGCCUGCUGGCCAGGGUACACUGGGCAGGACUGUGAGGAGGAUGUGGAUGAGUGUGUGACACAGCCCUGCCACAACGGGGGCCUGUGCCUGGAGCGCUCCAACCCAGCCCACUACGGGACACAGCCCCGCUUCCCCAGCACCUUCAGCUACAGCCAGGCAGCUGGCUUCCUGUGCCAGUGCCAGCCAGGCUUUACAGGGGAGACCUGCUUCACCAACAUCGACGAGUGCGAGUCGCAGCCCUGCCAGAACGGGGGGCUCUGCCAGGACCUGGUCAAUGCAUUCCUGUGUCACUGCCUGCCUGGUUAUUCAGGUGUGGAAUGUGCUGUUGACAUCAAUGAGUGUGAGGAGGGACCCUGCAAGAACGGAGCUGUCUGUGAGGAUGGCAUUGCUGACUAUUCCUGCCACUGUGCCCCUGGCCAGGAUGGCAUCACCUGGGGAGGGAAGAACUGCUCUGUCCAGCUCACUGGGUGCCAGGAGCACGACUGCCAAAACGAGGCCUUGUGCAUCCCGACCUACCAAGCUGAGAGCCACGGCCACCUGUGCCAGUGCCAGCCUGGUUUCUAUGAUGCCACAUGCUCGACACCAACAACGUUCUCCUUUGCUUCCAGAGGGCUUCUCUUCAUUGAGCUGCCCAAGAACAGUGAGAGCAGGGGGGGUGCAGGAGGAGCCAGCGUGUCCCUGCGCUUCCGAACCACUUUGCCCAGCGCUGUCCUUUUUUACCGCGGCCAUGGAGCUGAGUACCUGUUCCUGGAGCUCCUGGAUGGCGUCCUGCACGCAGAGCUGAAGAGGGAGGGUGUUGGGUACCCACUGCUCCUGCAGGGGCUGAGGGUGGACGAUGGCCAGUGGCACAAAGUGGAAGUUGUUGUGCACAGCUCGGUGCAGCUGAAGCUCUGGCAUGGCUCUUGUGAGGCCGGGCUCUGCCUGCAGAGCUCUCCUGUCCCACCAAGCUCUGCUUUGAUGCCACAAGCCUUCCUGCAUCUGUACAUUGGAGGUGCUGAUGAUGCAAUGGCCAACAACACUCGGAGCCAGCAGGGCUUUGUGGGCUGCCUGGAGGACCUGCAGGUGGAUGCUGAGGCCGUGCUGCCGGCGGCUCUGCCCCUGGCGGGUUUGUCCCCGGCCAGGCCGGGCUGUGAGCGCACGGAGUGGUGCCAGUCCCAGCCCUGCCUCCACGGAGGGAUCUGCGUGGACCUCUGGGCCUCCUUCAGGUGUGACUGUCCCAGGCCCUAUGGAGGCCCAGCUUGCUCCUAUGAGCACCCAGCAGCAACAUUUGGCCUAGAGAAUUCCACCAGCUUUGCCUCUUUCACCCUUUCUGACAGCCUUGGUGCAGACUUCAACCUCUCCUUUUUCCUGCGGAGCCGGAAGCGCGAGGGUUUGUUGGUGCAGGCCUGCAAUGGGACAGGGCCCUGCCUCAGCCUGUACCUGAGGGAUGGCCAGCUGAGCAUAGAGACCUCCCCUGCGGACACCCUGACCUUGCCAGGCAAUGUGGCUGAUGGGAGAAGACAUUUGGUAGCCCUGUCUUUCCAGGGAGGCUCUGUUGGUGCUCUGCAGUCAGACACAUUUGUGGAGCUGGGGCAGCUGCCAGCACAGGCCCUGGGAGCUGGCUCUGAGGUGUUCAUUGGGGGACACCCAGACCCCAGCAGUGCUGAGCUCUGGGGGGGCCAUUUCAAGGGCUGUUUGCAGGACAUCCAACUCAACAGCCAGCAGAUAGAGUUUUUCCAAGUGGAGAAUGACAGUUUGCCAGGGGAGCUCAAUAGGACUCAAACUGGAAAUCUUGUGAAUGGCUGCAUCUCUGAUGACACCUGCAAGUCUGAGCCAUGUCAGAAUGGUGGCAGAUGCAUUGUCACUUGGAAUGAUUUCCAUUGCAGCUGUCCAGCAAAUUUCACUGGGAAAUUUUGUGAAGAGAAAGUCUGGUGUGAAAGUGCCCCAUGUCCUGAAGCCACCACCUGCGUGGAUGUUAUGGCAGGAUAUGUGUGUCUGGCUAAUGCAACAUUUAAUAGUUCUGCUACCAUGGAAUUUACCACCAACUCAUCAGUGACCAGAACUCUGAGCAGCCUCCACGUGGACUUCAGAACCAGAGAUGAAGAUGCUGUUUUGCUUCAGGCUGUGGAAGAUGUGGAUUCCCUCCAGGUAGCCAUUAAGAAUUCCUCCCUGCUUGUUGAGAUCAGGAGUGGGAACAGCGUGGAGGGUGUGAGCUUCGUGAGCCCGCAGCCUGUCACAGAUGGGGCGUGGCACAGCGUGGCCGUGUCCAUGGAGGAGCCGGCCGCGCUCUCCUCCCGCUGGCUGCUGCGCUUGGACGGAGCCAACGUGACCCUGCAGGGCAGCGCUGGCAGCCUGGACUUCCUCAAGAACAACGCUGUGGUCGUUCUGGCCCAGGAUUUCACCGGCUGCCUGGGCCAGGUGCAGAUCGGGGGCAUCUUCCUGCCCUUGGCAGCACACCGGCCGUACCCGCAGCCCGAGCAGUUCCAGCGGGCCGGCCCUGGCAGUGCCCGGCUGGGCUGCUCCGGGGCCGACGUGUGCGCCUCCAGCCCCUGCCGCAACGGCGGCACCUGCGAGGACCUGUUCGACUCCUUCCGCUGCGGCUGCAGCGCGGGCUGGGCCGGGCAGCGCUGCGAGGCCAACAUCGAUGACUGCCAGCCCAGCCCCUGCGUGCACGGCCGCUGCGUGGAUGCCGUGGCCGAUUUCCAGUGCGAGUGCUUCCGGGGCUUCAUCGGCAAGAGGUGCGACAUCAACGUGGACGACUGCGUGCGGCACCAGUGCCUGAACGGAGCCACCUGCGUCGAUGGCGUGUACGGCUACUCCUGCAAGUGCCCCCCUCAGUACUCGGGGCCUCGCUGCGAGUGGCCGUUCCCCCCUCAGCAGUGCGGCAAGAACUUCACCUGCCUGAACGGCGGCAGGUGCAUCACGGAGAGCUGGGGAGCCAACUGCUCCUGCAGGCCUGGCUUCACUGGAAGGAACUGUCAAAUCAACAUAAACGAGUGUGACCCGAACCCGUGCCAGAACGGGGGCACGUGCCAGGACUCUGAGAACCGGUACGAGUGCGUGUGCAGCGCCAGCUACACCGGCGAGCGCUGCGACAUCAACCAGCGAGUGUGGGCGCACCUCAGCCACUCCUCCGUGGUGGGAGCAGUCGGGGCUGCGGGGGCUGCCCUGCUCCUCGCGCUCGUUGUAGCCACGGCCAUUGCCAUGAAGAGGAGGAGAGCGACUCAGGGAACCUACAGCCCGAGCCGGCAGGAGAAGGACGGGGCGCGAGUGGAAAUGUGGAACGUGAUCAAGAUGCCCCCGACCGAGCGGCUGAUCUGAGCCCGGGGUCACCGGAGCUGCCCGGGGCCAGCUGGGCUGGGGGGGACAGCUCCGCACAGCCCCGAGCCGGAGCUGCUGCACGGCCUCGGGCACUGCCGCUCCCGCUGAGGGCCGGGGGAGAGGGCAGCGAGCAGUGGCUGUGGCACAGGGGGGACGCAGAACGGACGGGACAGAGGACGGGGCUGUCACAGCCAGGGCUGGCUGAGCCCCUGCAGGCAACAGAAAAACCACCCUGAGGCAGGUCCAGUGAAGGGCAAUGAAACCACUGCACUCAGAAAUAAUGUGAAUAAUGCGGUAUUUUCAAAAAGACACGUGCCUGUGGCUCCUCUGCAGGGCUAAGCCAGGUAAGUGAGGGUGGGAAAUCAUUCCUAGAGCUGCUGCUGCUGCCCUUCCUGCUGGGCCAGAGCUGGCACGGCAGCAAGUCCCACUGGGCUGUGCUGGACACGGCUGCUGGAGCUUUCCCUGAGACUAAACCAAACCACAGGAACAUCUGAAGUGCCUUUCUGAUCCUGAGGUGCCAGUUACAGUUUAACCUUUGGGAAAGGAGGAGGUUUCCAUAUUUGAUCUGGCCCUGCCACUCCUCAAGCAGGGGCUUGGAGCUGACCAUGGAACUGACCCUUGUGAGAGCCAGGGGCUGAGCGUCAGGCAGUGCUUGCUGGGGUGAGGAGGGGAGAAGGAAAGUUCUAGAAGUGACCUCUCUGGACUGACAUGUUUGGGCUUGUUGGUACAGAAGAGUGGAAUUUAGUUAACCAAUCCUUUAAGCCACACCAGGGUUGGUGUAAGUGACACAGCAACUGCUUUCCACUGCACUAAAAAGGAGUUUGAUUUUGUGGCUUCACUUCUGUUUUACUGUUUUAGCUGUUGAAUGUGCUGAUUCUUCUUUAGCAUAAUGUGGCAGAGGCUGUGGAAGGAAACGCAGCACAGCAGGCCAGGUAAGGUCUAAAGUAAUUAGUGUUUCAGGAUAAUCACUGCAACUAUCAAUGAAGAAUGUUUUAGAGCAGUGUCUGCUUUUUAAUCUCCAAAAUACCAUUAAAAAUCAGGGUGGGAACCUGCCCACUGUAGCUCAUUGCCACAAGAAAAUGUUGUUUAUUCUGGUCUGCUUCUACUGUAGCUGUAAAUGUUUCUGUAAUUCCAAGCAGAGGGAGGGGCACAGAACUACUGCUCACAUGUGUCUGUUCAAGAACAUGUGGAUCUGUGUAAGAACAGGUCUCUGCAACAGGCAGCUGCUGACAGAAGAAUGAAAAUUUUAAAAAACCAGAAAAAACCAAAGGAGUGGGAGACAAUAUUUUGUCUGUAAGACCAUUUUGUCUGUGGUAGUGGAGCAGAGUGGAAGGUUCAGAGGAUCCCAGCUGUGUCUGGAGCUGGCAGUGACAGAGGGGCCCUGGCUGCAGGUGGGAGCCUGGGGCUGCUCCCUCUGUUUCUCAGCAGUGACUCUGCUGUUCCUGCCACUGCUUUGCUCUGGGCAUUUCCCAGCUGCUCUUUGGGGAGGUCCAGCACAUUUUGGGAACAAAGCCAGUGGCACUGCCCAGUGCCCUGGUGGCAGUGGGGCUUUGGGAGCAGCUGGGUGGGGUUUUCCUGGGGCUGUGUGCACAGGAGGCUCCAGGGCAGCAGAGCUGUGCCAGGA